CCAUCUCUCUGUGACUAAAAAACACUAAAAACUUGUAAGCUCCAUAUUCAUUACUUUGUUACAAAGGAGAACGAGAGCUAAGUCAGAGAGAGAGAGAGAGAGAGAGAUGGGUGCAAGUUUUGUCUAUGUGUUUAUCUUUCUCCUUACUCUACUCUUAUAUGUUUUUCUAAGAAAGAACAAGAAAGAAUCCCAACAAAUAGCUAAGCUUCCACCAGGUUCAAUGGGUUGGCCAUACAUAGGAGAGACUCUUCAACUUUACUCUCAAGACCCAAAUGUUUUCUUUGCAGAGAAACAGAAAAGGUAUGGUGAAAUUUUCAAGACUCAUUUUCUUGGGUGUCCAUGUGUCAUGCUGGCGAGCCCUGAGGCAGCUCGGUUUGUGUUAGUCACAGAAGCCCAUUUGUUCAAACCAACAUACCCCAAAAGCAAAGAGCGUUUAAUUGGACCUUCUGCCAUUUUUUUCCACCAAGGGAAGUACCAUACUCGUCUAAGAAGGCUUGUCCAGGGAUCUCUGUCCCUUGAUGCAAUCAAAAACUUGAUGGGGGGUCUUGGAGCCAUAGCUGCUUCUACCUUUGACUCAUGGGCAGGCGGCCAUGUCGUUAACACUUACCAAGAAAUGAAAAAGCUUUCUUUUGACGUUGGUAUACUUAUAAUUUUUGGCAAUUUGGAGGCUCGCUAUAGAGAGGAGUUGAAGAAGAAUUACUUAAUAGUAGACAAAGGCUACAAUUCCUUUCCAAAUAACAUCCCAGGCACUCGAUACAAAAUGGCACUACAGGCAAGAGAGAGGCUCACUAAGAUUAUCAGUGAUAUAAUUUCUGAGAGGAAGGAAAAGAAAUUAAUUGAAAAGGAUCUUUUGGGUUGUCUAUUGAACUCCAAAGACGAAAAUGGACAGAUCCUUAUGGUAGAUCAAAUCAUGGACAACAUUAUUGGAGUGUUAUUUGCAGCUCGAGACACCACAGCUAGUGCCAUGACAUGGAUUGUCAAGUAUCUCCAUGAUAACCCGAAACUUCUAGAGGCUGUAAAGGCUGAACAGAAUGCAAUUCGUAGACAAAAUGAUGAAGCUAACCAACCAUUGAGUUGGAGUCAAAUAAGGAACAUGCCUCUAAGUUCAAAGGUAGUAUUGGAGAGCUUGAGAAUGGCAAGCAUCAUAUCUUUCACCUUUAGAGAAGCAGUGGCUGACGUGGAAUAUAAGGGUUACUUAAUUCCAAAAGGUUGGAAAGUGAUGCCUUUGUUUAGAAACUUUCAUCACAAUCCAGAGUUUUUCCCUGAUCCUCAAAAAUUUGAUCCUUCGAGAUUUGAGGUUGCCCCAAAACCCAAUACAUUUAUGCCGUUUGGCAAUGGAGUGCAUGCCUGUCCAGGAAAUGAGCUUGCAAAGAUGGAAAUGUUGAUCGUGAUCCACCAUUUAGUUACCAAGUUCAGGUGGGAAGUGGUGGGAACAGAAAGUGGGAUUCAGUAUAGUCCAUUCCCAGUGCCUAUGCAAGGACUCCCAGCCAGAUUUUGGAAGGAAUCUAGCAACUAACAAGCAGCAUGGUUUAAUUAGAAAUUGGCAAAUGUUUUUGAAGAAGAUGUCAUCCCUUUCCAAAUCCAUCUUCUUUCAUUUUUAGUAUUGUAUAAUUUUGCUAGGCAUUUUUCAUUUUGUACUCUUUUUUAGCCUAUUCCCCUUUCUCAAUCGGGGUUGUCAA